AUGCCCCCACCAAAUCCAGCAUCCAGUGAUGUGAACUCUGGAACUGCAACGGCAAACAAAACCAUCCAACCGGUGGAAGAGGCCGAGUGCGAAGAAAACGACCUCAAGGAGGAGUUCGAGGAGGAUGAAGUCUCCUUGGAAGUGCUUGAAGACAUGAGUCGGUUGGAGAAGUGCUUCCCGGAAUUGGGUAUUCACUAUCGUCUCAUAGAUAAAAUUGGCGAAGGAACAUUCUCGACCGUGUACAAAGCUGAGUGUGUCACAGGAACUAUCAGGCUAGACACAGAGGUAUGGAAAUCCCCCCCUUUGAAGAAAAAUAGAGGCAAUAAGGUGCCAAAACAAAAGAAUGCAUUAGUGGCUUUAAAACAAAUAUAUGUGACAUCCUCACCUAACAGAAUUCAUAACGAGCUCAACCUCCUUUACAUGUUAUCAGGAAAUUCUCAUGUUGCUCCUUUGUUGGAUGUUUUGAGGUAUCAAGACCAAGUUUUAGCUAUUCUUCCGUACUACCAGCAUGCUGAUUUUCGUGAUUUUUAUCGGGAUUUACCGAUCAAGGGAAUCAAAAAGUAUUUGUGGGAAAUGUUCCAUGCCUUGGACUUCAUUCAUGAAAAGGGCGUCAUGCAUCGGGAUUUGAAACCAACUAAUUUCUUGUAUGAUCCAUUCAAAGGACGUGGUGUUUUGGUGGAUUUCGGGCUAGCUGAGAAAGAAGUUAAAACAACAUCGAAAAUUUCGAAUGCUUGCCCUUGCAUAUCCACUGAGAAGGUAUUGGUAAACAGAAACAUAUCGAAACGACAAAAUAUUAAAGGUGCAUAUCCAAAGCAAGAUCAAAGGCCACCUAGACGUGCAAAUAGAGCGGGUACUAGAGGAUUUAGGGCACCGGAAGUCCUCUUUAAAUGCACAAACCAAACUACAAAGAUUGAUAUAUGGUCUGCCGGUACCAUAGCGUUCUCCUUGCUAUCUAGGAAGUUUCCCUUGUUUAACUCACCAGACGAUACUGAUGCCCUCUUGGAAAUGGCAUUAAUAUUCGGUAGUGACAUGAUGAAAAAAUGUGCAGAAUUACAUGGAUGUGGCUUGGAAAUUAACCUUUCAAACUCUUCGAUUUCAACCAGCUGUAAUUUGGUGCAGACAUUAAAUGAUUUCCUCAAAUUUGAAAAUGAGAAUGGUUGUUUUCCUCCUGAUAGUGUGGUUUUAGAUACGAUAAAAUUGUUCAGCGAGAAAGGUGAUAAGUUCGUCAAACCAAUAUUUGAAGAGGGUGCCGAUUACGAAGCAUUCAAACAGGAACUAGAGAAUUACAAUGAUCAUAAAUUCAUCAUGGAAGUAUUGCUGGCUGCAUUACAGAUUAAUCCUUCAAAACGGUUAUCAGCUAAAGAAAUCUUAACAUUGCCAUUCUUUCAGGAAGUUAAUAAUGAACAUGACGACGUGGUUCUAUUAUGA